UGCUUAAACUAUAAAACAACUCUCCUGACUCAUAAAACCACAUUGACUGACCACUGCUACUGUAAUCAUCAUACUCAAGACAUCAUCUUAAAGAUGAGGGCUUCCAUGAUCUCCUUGUGCGGGCUGUUGUUCCUACUCCAUGUUGGACAGCAAGUUCGCGGCGCUCCAUACGCGAGCCUCUCAGGCAACACGUUGUACCUAAAUGGAAAAGCGUACAUCCAGUUUUAUAAUGCCAGGGAGAGAAUCUGGUCUGGAUUAUCCAGUGGUGGAUAUCGCUUUCCUAUCAUCAAAAGCGGGGACCGGAUUGCGCUGAAGAUGUCUUACACUUCGGGAAGCAACAUGUAUUACUACAUGCAUUGUACUACCAGCUACUGCUACCGAAAUAACUGCCCCGGAGACACCGUGAUUAAGUCCGGCAAAUGGUCAAGUUGCAGAGCCAUGACUUACAUCAUCCGAGCGAUCGGGAAGUCGAACGGUCAACCAAUCAACAGCGGAGACAUGGUCUACAUCUCAUCUGGUUACUAUGGUAGCAGCUACCGUCUUCGAUGCUCAACCUCCACUUCGUACAAGUGCAGAUUCAAUUCAAUCGGCGACAGCGCAUUCCAAGGCAACAACUGGUUCGCGUACAGCUACGCUAUCUUCCAGAUCUUCUCCCGCCAAUCAGUUGACGGUACCCCAGUGCAGUACGGCGACAUAGUAGGGUUUCGCUACCCUUAUGUCUACGCGUACAGCUGGCUGUACUAUAGUGGUGGCUACUGGUACGCGCGCAGCUGUAGCUACAAUAACAAGUACUCGUGCGCCAAUACCAACUCUUACACAGGCUUCAAGAUCUUCAAGCCUUUGUAAAGCAGUACGACGGACACCAAGACAGCACACCUAAAUAACAUGAGAAUAAUUUGAUGGUUAACAUAAGGGAACAAUAAGGUGUAAAAUAAUAACUAAGGUGAAAAACAAAUACCAUUUUGUUUUUAUUGCUGUCAUGUUACUGUUAAUAAAUUCAACUGAAAUACAAA